CCCAAGCCACAGAAAGCCCGGUUGAAGGCUUCACUGUGCCGCAGCUUCUCAGAGGUUAACCAGGGUCUGUAAGCAAACAGCUUAAAGAAGGAGCCCGGCUUAGAGCCUGGGUCUUGGGCUGUCCCACAGCCUACCAGCCUAAUGCCCUUCCAGCAGCCCCUCCCUCCCAAAGGCGAUGCUGGGCAAACAGAGCCAGCCCUCGCCCUCUCCUCUCGCAGCGAGGAACCUUCUGCGGGGACGGAGCGGACGGCUCGGGGGCAUCGCGGCAGAGGGUGUUUCGCUCCAGACGGGCGCAGAGCCAUGUGUAUAUAAAGCCUGGGGCAGCAGCCCGGGAGGAUUGUUUAGCACAACCACACCUCGGCUCGCCUGGCAGCACGGGGAGGCACUGCCGGAGCACCUGCGGCUGAACCCCGACGUACCCGGGUGUGGGAGCGAGCUGCCCAUGGGCCCCCGGCUGCUGCUGACACUGAUGCUGCUCCAGGCAGUUUGGAAAGGUGCUCUGGCAAAGUCCCAUUCACUGCACACUCGAGGAAUCAUUGAACUGGCUGGAGCAAUAACGUGUGGCACGGGACGGUCUCCCUUGGCAUAUAUUGGCUAUGGGUGCUACUGUGGACUGGGAGGAAGAGGUUGGCCUAGAGAUAAAACAGACUGGUGCUGCCACAGGCACGACUGCUGCUAUGACACAGCAGAGAAGGAAGGCUGCAACCCCAAGGUGCAGCGCUACCAGUGGGUGUGUGAGCAGAACACCGUGCGGUGCGAUAACCUGACAGACCGAUGUGAAAAAAUGGUGUGCCUGUGUGACCAAGAAGCAGCCAAGUGCUGGGGAGCAGCACCAUACAAUCCACACUUCAUCCUCUGGCCAGACUUUUUAUGUGGACAGACUCAUCCCACCUGCCACGUCAGCUAUGGGGGGCCGGAAUAGUCUUUAUACAACCUUUCUUCUAACAAUUUGAACCUGAAGGUUGUGGAAUAAAAUUUUUCCUUGUUUUUCAGGUCUAACAGUGGUGUGAGAG